AUGGGAAGCGUAUGCGACCGGACAGCUUUGAUACUCCAGUUGCCAAACGAACCCACAGCCACAAGGAGAGACCUGGAGGAAGAAUUCAGAAAACUCCAAGUUGACAAGACGCCAUCCAAAAAUCCCACCCCGGCGUUCCAAAUGCCAGAUAAUGAAGAUUCGUCUGAUGAUGAUUCUGUUGUGGCAGACCCGCUGCUGCCACCCCCGACACCACUUGUCCAGGUUCCUGAAGAACUCCAGAGGUUAAUGUUUCCCCCUACCAAGGAUGAGCAAAUUGUCAACACUACUUUUGUCGUGUUUCUGAACGCUCUUACGAUUCAUUUCCCCACGAUCGAGCGUUGUGACUCGACACUGCACAGAAAAGCCUUUGUUCCCCAAUUUGAGGAAGCCAAAUUCGAAUACAGGACUGAUGGGUAUCUUGAUGACGGCAAGGGAAAUCCUUAUGCUCUGGUUGAAGUUAAACUUAUUAUCAGAGCGCUCACUAAUCAAAGCCGGACUCGAAUGCAAGAAGGUUCACAGAUGGCCAGCUGGAUCAAAAAUGAUAUUGAUGCUCAUUUGGAAAAGCUGUUGGUUUUAUCCUUCCAUUUCUAUAUUUCUUUUUCCAUCUGA